AUGGGGGGUCGUAUUACAGGAUAUUAUCAAAGGACUGUGGCCAUCAUCCUGGAAUCCGGAAUCAUCUAUCCAUUAAUCCUCGCCACAAACGUCACCUUAUUCUCAAACCAGGGAACAAUCGUCGUCGUAGUCGAUUUAGAACCAACAGUAGUUUUGCUUGCUGGUAUUGCUCCGGCAUUGAUCAUCGUUCGAGCGCAUUAUGGUAAAAAAUCCGGUGGAGACUGGGAGAGGGCACGUAUAUCGGAUAUUCAGUUCCCGAACUUGUCUCAAACUUCCCAGGCUGAGGAGGAACAUACAUGA